CACUUUUUCCAUCCCAUUUCCUCGUUUCCUCGUUUAUUUCUCUGUACCCUUGAGCGAGCAAACCCGCAUCAAUCGCCACAUGGACACGACUCCCUCCCAACCCCCCGCGACCGUAUCGACGGGUUCAGGGUCCUCACCUAAACGACGCAAGCCGCACAGAAAAUCAAGGACAGGCUGCUUUGACUGUCGGAGACGCCGGGUCAAGUGUGAUGAAGAACGACCGGCUUGCCGAGCAUGCCUGAGACGCGAAAUCAACUGUCAAUAUUCGUUUGAAGCUCCAGCGGCUGCUGCUCUCAAUCGUCGUACCGCAAGCGACGAACAAGAAGACCGACGUUCGCCUUGUGGGUCUGCGUCUACAUCCAGUCACACUGUCCUACUGGGUCCUCCAGCAACUCGUUCUGCAUCGGUAGAGACGCCAGCGACUGUCUCGACAUCCUUGUCCAGCGCUGUCGACGUCUUUCCCACGUCUUCUGAAAGUUUUAGCCUCAACGACUUGGGCUUGCUUCAUCAUUGGACAGUGUGUACCAGCGUGGAUAUCUUCCGAGCUCCCGGCAUGAACGACAUUUGGCAAACCCUCUUUCCUCAGAUUGGACUCCAGUACCCAUUUGUAAUACAUGCCAUUCUGGGUCUGGCUGCGUUGCACGUCGGUCAUAUCGACGGGUCCAAGAGAACUGCCAGUAUCACGGAAGCCACGAACCAUCACAACCAAGCUCUAUAUGGCUUCCAGAACGCUAUCAAUUGUGUAAGCCAGGAGAAUAGCGAAGCAUUGCUCACAUGGUCGUUAUUAAACGUGUUAUACGUUUUUGCAAUAUCCAACCCCCUUCAUCAUACUCGAUACGAUGCGUCUCCGCACUCUCGCACUGAUGUACUGCUUGGCGCUGAGUGGAUUCCAAUGAUGCGAGGUAUAGAUGCUGUGCUGGAACCAACUCACAAUAACUUGCGCUUCGGCCGAUUCAAAAUGAUUAUGAGCGUCGGUAACUGGUUUGAGUUGGAUCCAGGGCAAGAUUGCUCCGAUCCAGAAGAUGGUUAUUUCUGCGGAAUACGGGAGGCCUGGAAAGGUUCCAACGACGGCGACAUCUAUGCCGAAGUUCUCCGUAUUCUAAGGAAGUGCCGUUUAUAUUCGCGACAGUUCCGCUCAAUGGACACCCAAGAUCUGGAACAAUGGGGAUAUAAUCGAAGUUGGUCAGCGCCCUUGAUGUUUAUUCAUUUUGCUCCUGAGUCAUAUUUCACAUUGCUACAUCAAAGGCAGCCGUCUGCCUUGGUUCUUUUUGCCUUCUUUGGCGCGCUUUUGCAUGGAAUAAAUGACUACUGGUUCUUGGAGGGUUGGGGAAAAGCAAUCGUGGAGGUCAUCAGGGACCUACUGGGAAGUUAUUGGAAACCAUGGAUAUCGUGGCCGCUGCAGGUAGUGGGAACGUCCACAACGGAAUAGGAUAUUCACAGCAUCAUACCUCUGAACAAGUAUAGCUAGCCUCUUUGCUUCAUCACCGCCUGGAUGCAAC